AUGCCUAUUGGUGUUCCGAAAGUUCCCUUCCGAGGUCCUGGAGAGGCAAAUCCACUUUGGGUUGACGUAUACAACCGACUUUAUCGAGAAAGAUUACUUUUUUUAGGCCAAGGUAUUAAUAGCGAGAUUUCGAAUCAACUUAUUGGUCUUAUGGUAUAUCUCAGUAUCGAGGAUGAGACCAAAGAGCUGUAUUUGUUUAUAAACUCUCCUAGGGGCUGGGUAAUACCUGGGGUGGCUAUUUAUGAUACUAUGCAAUUUGUGCGACCAGAUGUCAAUACAGUAUGCAUGGGAUUAGCCGCUUCAAUGGGAUCUUUUAUCCUGGUCGGAGGAGAAAUUACCAAACGUCUAGCAUUCCCUCACGCUUGGGUAAUGAUGCAUCAACCUGCUAGUGGUUUUUAUAUGGCACAAGUAACCGAAUGUGUCGUGGAAGCGGAAGAACUGCUGAAACUGCGUGAAACCCUCACAGGGGUUUAUGUACAACGAACGGGCAAACCCUUCUGGGUUGUAUCCGAAGAUAUGGAAAGAGAUGUUUUUAUGUCAGCAACAGAAGCACAAGCUUAUGGAAUUGUUGAUCUUGUAGCGAUUCAAUGAAAAUAACAUGGAUUUCGCGCAAAUCACAGAUUUGCGAUUUUAUCUUUGAAUUGAAUAUUCUAUUAAAUUGAAUAUUCUAUUAAAUAGAAGUAAUUCAUCAUCAUUCGGUUAGGAUCAAUCUAAACCAACCCAUCAUAUUAUGUAUACGAUUCAACAUGCCAACUAUUAAACAACUUAUUAGAAAUACAAGACAGCCAAUCAGAAAUGUCACGAAAUCCCCCGCUCUUCGGGGGUGCCCUCAGCGUCGAGGAACAUGUACUAGGGUGUAUGUGCGACUCGUUUAGAUCAUGAGCUGGCACAAAAGAAAGAAAAUGACUUUUACAGUAUCAAUGAUCAGUACCGGUGAAUGGGAUAGGAUGGAAAAAGGAACUCCAUUCAUUAUUAAAAAAAAACUCUAUCAUAUCCCUCUAUUGUGUAUGAAGUUUAUGGUUUCCGUUGGUGUAAAUCCAAUCACCUGAAUUUAAGAUGAUAAGAAAUUCUCCAUUGGUAACAAAUGGUUAUCCAUUAAGAGGAGGAAAUCUUAUUUUAAAAGCAUAAAACAUAAAGAUUAGUUAGGCUCCCAAUCUGGCAAGAACGGACUAAGAGGGUCAGCUACCCAGCAAACUUUCAUAAUUAAAUACCGUUACUGUAGGUAGAUCUGAUUGUGAAAGACAUAUUACUGGAUAAUUCAUGGGUAGAGCCAAAGCGUGUGAACUAUACAAGUUCCCAAUAACAUCAAUUAGUUGAUUAAAUAUAUAUUAAAUUAAAGUCUAAAGUAAAGGCUCCGGUGUAUAGAGAAGACCUCACCGUUUAAGAAGUAACCAUAGAAACGAAGGAACCCACUAUUUCUUUUUUUAUUUCUUUUAUUUACUAUAUUUUUGAUACCUAGGAAAAUACAAUUUCUUAUUUCUUUCUUAUUUCGCAGUGAAACACCUAAAAAAAAAAAUAACAAAAUCGUGGUCGGGAAGGUUAGAGUAGCCAAAGCCAUUGGAAUUUUUAUUUUAUACAUUGGAAAAAUCCGUUUUGUUAUUAAUAGACUAGGAAGGGGGAAAAGAAUAACUGAAAGAAAGGUAAUCAAUUAGUUAUUCGUCAAAGUUUCAUUUAUUCAAUGACCAGAAUUAAACGGGGAUAUAUAGCUCGGAGACGUAGAACAAAAAUUCGUUUAUUUGCAUCAAGCUUUCGAGGGGCUCAUUCAAGGCUUACUAGAACUAUUAAUCAACAGAAAAUAAGAGCUUUAGUUUCGGCUGAUCGGGAUAGGGGUAGGAAAAAGAGAGAUUUUCGUCGUUUGUGGAUCACUCGGAUAAACGCAGCAAUUCGCAAAGGGGGAGUCUCCCAUAGUUAUAGUAAAUUAAUACACAAUCUGUACAAUAGACGGUUGCUUCUUAACCGUAAAAUACUUGCACAAAUAGCUAUAUCAAAUAGGAAUUGUCUUUAUAUGAUUUUGAACAAAAUCAACCCGGAGUCUUUACCGGAGUCUUUACCGGAGGCUUUAAAAACUCCCUAGGCUCUCCUGAGAAUAAAUGGAGGUUUCUUCUACCGGACGAGUUAGAAAUUAGUAUGAGAAAAUAUGCUAAAGUAGUCAAAAUGAAUGAACACGUUCAAUUCAAUAAAAACAAAUUUCGUUUUUUCCGAUUCAUUUGUUUCUUACGACACGAUACUCAAAUCUAGAUUUGAGUGAAUCUAGAUUUGAGUAAUUAUGAUUCAAGUAAAGAAAAAGUAAGCCUAUUUAUUUCGGGCUUUAAAACCAGUAGUUCUAGCGGUCAACUCGGUUCUUUCAAAUUGUUUCUCAUUAUUGAGAAAAGGUAACAAAGAUAAAAUACGGGCUUGUUUUAUAGCAAGAGUAAUUAAUCGUUGUUGUUUCAAGGUCAAUCUAUUCACGCGUCUUGAUAAUAUUUUUCCUUGUUCACUAAUAAAUCGACUAAUUAAACUCAUGUUUCUAUAAUCAAUUCGAUCCCCCGAUUGAAUCGGGGGCAAACGCCUACGAAAAGAUCGCUUGAAUUUAAGAAAAGGUCGCUUGAAUUUAUCCAUGGUUUGUUUGUUUAAUUUAUUCCUUAUCCCUAAAAUCCUAUUUCUUAAUUCUAAUUCAUUUUAAAUCCACCCAAAAUAAAAUAGGAUUUUUGAAAAAUAGGAUUUGUUUAGUUUCUAUUUAAAUAUGUUAUAUAUAAUGUCAUUUUUUCCCCUUCCUUGAAAGGGUAAGGCACAGGUACUUGGUUCGCUCUAUUUUUUUAUCUCCCCAUGAAUCGUAUGUUUGUAACAAUAGGGACAGAAUUUUUUCAAUUCUAAUCGAUUAGGCGUAUUGUGCCGGUUCUUUUGAGUACUAUAUCUGGAAAUACCUCUUGAUACCUUAUCAACACUGUUUCGGACACAACUAGUACAUUCCAAAAUCACCGUUACUCGGACAUCUUUCCCCUUGGCCAUGAACCUCCUUUGGAUUUUUGAUU